CGAGACUCGGCAUGGCACAUUAAAAGGAUGCGUGACGUGCCCACUCGAUCGAAGCACAGGAGCGUCUCCCUCUUGUUUAACUUUCUGGCAGACUUCAGGUACACAGAAAUAAAACAGAAUUGGGCACCACAUGGAAAUGGACAAAGCCCAGGUACCAGUUGGAAGCGUAGUGCCAAACUACAACAUGGCAGACCAAACGACAGCACAGUAUCCAUCGCCAAGGGGCGACCAAGGGAAUGACUAUUGGAAGCAUGCCACACCACUCCAGACCAACCCAGGAAACAAUGCCAUGGUGUACCCCAAUUCUCAGUACGACUCAGGACACCAGUUUGUAGACUUUGUACAAGAUCCGGGUCCUGCAGGGGUCGACGCGCCUCCCGCGUAUUCCGACGACCUUCCUUACAACUGCUUUUCGGAGAAGACUGUCAGACGAGCUUUUAUCAGGAAGGUCUACUUAACGCUGAUGGUUCAGAUUGCCAUUACAGUUGGCAUCAUCUGCAUGUUUAUUUAUUGGGAAACACCUAAAGUGUGGAUACGGGCUCAUUCCUGGUUUACUUUUGCAACCUUUCCAGCUGCCUUUGUUCUAAUCAUCAUCCUGAGUUGCUGCUCAGAUAUCCGUCGGAGGGUCCCUCUGAAUUUCGUCUUUCUGAUUCUAUUUACUGCCGUGGAAGGUUUGAUGCUGGGAUCCACAGCUGCGUUACUGGGCUCCCAGGUGCCAUCUGCUGGUGAAACGGGUGCAAGUACAUCGAAAGAUGAUGGAGGCGCCUGUGUCUUUCAAGCCGCCGCUAUUUUCCAGGCUGAUGAAGUGAUGUGGGCAGUGGCCGCGACGGGGAUUGUCUGCUUCAGUCUCUCUAUAUUUGCAUUGCAGACAAAGUGGGACUUCACCACUCUGUCUGGAAUCAUCUGGGUUUUUCUGUGGACAUUAAUUGCAAGUGGAAUUCUCUUUGCAAUAAUCCGCAGCCGGUGGCUUUCCAUAGUUUAUGCCGGAAGCGGAACGCUGAUCUUUUCUAUCUACCUGGUCAUCGACACUCAGAUGAUGCUGGGAGGAAAACACAGAUACUCGAUCGAUCCCGAGGAGUACAUCUUUGCUGCUCUGAAUCUGUAUCUGGAUAUAAUUAACUUGUUCCUGUUCAUACUGCAGAUAAUCGGACUUAGCAAGUAGUAGCUUGUGACGUCACGGCCUUGUAAUCGGUGACCAUAACAGCUGGUCAUUGGCAUCUUGCACAAUUGUUUUUUCUUCAGAGGUUGUUGUUUUUUUCCUUUCUUUCUUUUUCUUUUAUCAGUUAUGUUGUUUUCACUUCCGUUGAUCCAGUUUAAAAAGACAAAGACUUUCGAAGCUUCACCCUAAACAUUUGUGUUUUCUAAUAUUUCUUCAAAACUAACACGAUGCAUAAAGUAAGACAUAACAUUUUCAAGCCUGCUUAAUUAAUUUCCGGAUGACUUUGGACCCAAACUUAUCCGAGCUGCAUUAGGAACAGGGUGGGAUCGAAUCCUAGACAUUCUAGUCCAUCGCAGGGUCCACUCGCGCACACACACACAAAAAGUCAAUAUUUGCUGUUGACAUCAAACUGAAGAGGAAGUGUCCUCCUUUAGGAGACGAUUACAGGAUUUAUCGCAAUGUCCCCAAAUUAGGAGGUGAUUACGCCGCUAGCCUCAGGAUUUAUUGCAAAAUUCUAGUGACCGGUAAAUUAUUUGCAAUUUGCAGCCGUGUUUGCAACAUUCAAAGGUAAGCAACACAGCCAGAGAACAUGAAGAGCAACCCCUCCGUUACGUUGGAAUAUGCGUUUCUUCUGUGAAGGAUAACCAAUCAGGGAAUGAGAUAGUAAGGAGCAGGAUCCAAUCAGGUAAGGGCCACGUGAAAGGCACAAACCAAUCAGAGUGCAUUUAGAGAUUGCAUUUUGAAAUCUCUGCGUUUUCAACCGUCCAUAUGGAAAUACUGAGCCGGCAUUUUCUGCAAUAAAUGGCUUUCAAAAGUCUCCAAAAGUCGGGACAAAAGGCGAAAUGAGAAUGAAGGAAAUGUGGUAGUGUGGACGUGGCCUUAUUUAGUUAAGGUAAGAACUUGUUUUCAGUGCUCUUCUUGACUUCAUAUGUUGGCUCUGGCUUCAUUUGGUAACAUUAAGCCUUUUGCUCUUCCGAUUUCUUAGAAUGAAAGCCUCUUCAGGUUUUUGGGUGCUUGAUCUCGUGAUCCUGUGGGAAACACAGCAGAGACAAGUUAGCUCAAAUUUACUGCCAUCCUUCAGUCAAUAUGCUAACACAAUAAAGUGCCCCGGGACCCCAAGUGGGAUUCCAAGCAUAGAAUAACAACGUCAACCUAGCGACUAAAAUGAAUGAAAGCAGUAAGCACAAUUAUUUCAUAAAUAAAAUUAAACAUGACGAGAGCUAACAUAAUUUACCCACAGGGUUUUCUGACAGUUGUCAUUCAUGGUUCACCAGCCGCCACUAUAACUCCAACACUGGGCGCAGAUCCCUGGGAAUUCAGUGGCUAAUUUGCAUAGACACACCCAUUUCCCAAAACAGAAGUAGGCAUGUGAGUCGUGAGGUAAGCUAUAUAGCGCCUUCAUACAGCAUUCUGAUCCCUUCACUUUUUUUUUUUCACUUUAUAGUUAUAUUGCAGCUUUCUGCUAAAACCAUUUCAAGUUGUGUUAUCCCUCAUUUAAACAGGAUUUUAAACAUUUUGCAGAUUUAUUAAAAAUAAAACACUGAAGGGACACCCAGACAAAUUACCCCUUGGUGGGAUUUUUCUCCUUCUCUUUGAAUCUCAAGAGACCUGCUUAAGCCAUUUUGCGCUGCAGGUUGAGACUCUAAUGACUCCAUCGUGUUCGAAGCAUGAUGGCCUUUAAAAGCGCAUUUAAAAGCGACACUUGUUCUGUCGUCAAUGGCGUUGAGUAGAAUAAAAAAGAAGAGGAAGCGGGAAUUAACGACGAGGGUCAAAACCAGGAAGACAAGGCAAACUAUCAUCAAGUCAAACAAUCGGGAGUGCUCUCCCCGUCACUUUCUCGUAUACUCAGACAUGGGGAUGAAAAUUUGAGGAGUAAACCGCAAGACAAGGAUUAUAUUUUUAGAGUAUGUACAUCAAAGAACCAUCAGCAACAACAAAUCAUAUGAAUUAUAUAUUGAACAAUUAUUUUAAAAGUAAAGUUGAAUAAAUCAGACUCUGUAGCUGCAUUAAUAAAAGGUAAAGUACCACUUCUCAUUAGCAGAAAAAUGGCCCAAAUGUUGAUAGAAGUCUACGUUUUGUACCGAAUACUUGCAUGUGAAAUUUGCUUGACCGAAGUGAACGCGUACUCAAGUUAUCGUGUUUACACACACACACACACACACACAAAGACUCACACACACGCACAUAAUUCUAAAAAUGUAUUUUUGGACUCAGGGAGGUCUAAAAUGUCAAAAUUCAUCAAAAUCUCGAAAUCCAAUUUUUGGACGAUUACAAUCCUACGUAUUCGAGAAAGUAAUGACAUUCACGGCUGACCAAGUGAUAUUUGUUAUUUUAUACAAUUAGUGCCGGUUGAAGCCCUUAGUGGAGGUGGGUCCCAUCUCAGAAUCCAGAGCGCGCACCCCUUGAGUUACAGCACUGGCACCCCUCAGUGUCCAUAGCAUGCAUUCCGUAUUAUUAGACUUCAAGGACCGAGGGUGGAGGUCCCCCUCCGUGUCUGGAACACUCACCCCUCGUACACGAGGAAGUAAAAAGGAAGAUCCAAAUUCAAGGUCCAAGGGACAGAAUGCACAAAGAGGUUUCACUAUUCACUCACUACUUAUCCACAAAUUUGGACAAUGACAUCCCUGAGGCGUUGAACCCAUGAUGUCACCCAAAGCAACUUCCUGGGAUACGCCCCUUAGUAACAACGGCUUCCAUCUUAGCAAAACUGCAACGUCAAUGAAAACAAAAUGGUGUCAUGGUAAAACUAACCAAACAACACCAUAGAAAACCUCCGCUGUUAGAAAAUGACCUCAAAUCAAGUAAGUAACGUAACUGCUGACUCCCUGACGUUUAAUUAACAUGAUUUCACCAUAAGGAGAUUAAUUAGAAAAGUAUAUAGAAAAAAAAACUCCGGUGGGCCGGCACCCUGCCCGGGGUUUGUUUUCUGCCUUGCACCCUGUGUUGGCUGGGAUUGGC